UGCAGUUUCAUGUAAAAAUUCAAUACCAUAAAAUAGUAUUAUCAGAAGAUAAAUACAAAUUUGUUUGGUUUGGUUUGUUUAUGUUUAUACACAGAGCCUGAACUGUUCGUGGUUUUAGGUUAUACCUGCAUAUGACUAACAAGUCUCUUCAUAUUUAACUUAAUUCUGAUAAUUAAGUAGUUUAUUAAAUAUAAUUUUGAUUUUACUCUGGAAUAUGUUUAGGAUUUGUACAAGCAAUGUGGAAUUUGAUGCUUUCUCCAAGUUUCUUAUGAAGGGUUUAGAAAAUUGUUUACCUUAUGUAGGCCUAUGUGUAAGAAGAAAUUAUUCUCAAAGAAUGCAGCAUCCUUUUAAAAUGAAAAGUAAGAAAUUGAGAGAGCAGCAGCACAAGAUGAUCAGUAGCAUCAAUGAAACUAAUCAAUAUGAAGUGUUAUCUAAUAAGAUUACUCCUUACUGGGAAUCGUCUUAUGAAGAAGAACUGGAAUCCAAACAGCAAACUUGUGAAGACAUUAUUAAUCAUGUGUUGGACAAAUUUUCACUGAAGAAGAAGGAUUCGAGAACAAUUUUGGAUUUCAUAAUUCCCUCUCCUAUAAGAGAUGCCUACCGGAACAAAGAUGAGUUCAGUGUUUGGCCAGGUCUUGAUGGCAACCCAAAAACUGUUGGAUUCUUUGUUGGUAGUCCUGCAGUGGGUAAAGUUGUGUGUGUCCCACCGACUUACAUAAAAUGCAUACGAGAGUCCCACAAGAAAAUUGCCAAGAUAUAUGAGGACUUCAUUCGAUCAUCUCCAUUGCCAGUCAGCUAUCAGCUGUAUGACGGAGGAUUUUGGAGAAAUAUUGUGGUUCGUUCAAAUGAUAAAGGAGAUCAUAUGGCAACAGUUAUCACAAAUCCCAGAGGCUUUACCCCAGAACAGAUCACAGAGCAAGAGAGCUGUCUUCAGGAGUAUUUCAGUCAACAUCUACCGUCCUUGUCCCUUUUCCACCAGUCUUGCCCCCAUGUGAAGUGUUCCAGGGACCAAGCUACAAUCCGUCAUCUCAGUGGUCAGGCCUACCUGAAAGAAUCCAUGUGUGAUCUUGAGUUUCGCAUCUCUCCCGAUUCAUUCUUCCAACUGAACAAACAUGCAGCAGAGAUUCUUUUUCAAAAGGUGGUACAACUGGCUGGGCCCAAACACUACACAACUCUGUUGGAUCUCUACUGUGGUACUGGUGCCAUGAGCCUGCUGUUCAGCCCCAGGGUGCGAGGCUGCGUGGGAGUGGAACUUGGAGUGGCAGCGGUUGAAGACGCAAAGCACAAUGCUCAGAUCAACAACAUAACAAAUUGCACAUUUGUAGAAGGGAGGGUUGAAGAGAAACUUUUCGGAGUUUUGAAGAAUCUGGACCACUCCCCUAGUAUCAUAGCUGUGGUGAAUCCAGGACGGGGAGGAGCUGGUGAAAGUGCAAUUAGUUUGUUACGUCAACAUCCUAACAUCCAUAAAGUAAUUUAUGUUUCUUGCAAACCGGAUAAUCCUUUGACGAUGAAGAAUUUUGUUCAGCUUUGUGAAAGAGUUGGAACUGGGUCUAAACCAUUUCAUUUGACCAAGGCUAUUCCAUUCGAUCUCUUCCCUUACACAGACCAUCGUGAACUAGUUCUUUGUUUUGAGAAAAGGUAAUUGUGGUCAAAUCAUAUGUUGUUUAGAAAUGUGUAAAUAAACUUAUUUUCUACUUU